UCAGUAUCAGUAGUCAAUGUGUCGAUAGUAUGAUUGGUGUUGCGCGCGUUGAUUGAAAAUAAAGUGAAAAGUUCUGUGUUCUUGUGUCGUCCAGACUAGUGAGAUGGAGGGUUUUGGGUCUUUCGGUUGCGUCAGAUUUUACGCUGAAGUGGUAUGAAUUGUUGAGGGGUUUAAUAUCAGUUAGGCCUGAAUAUUAUAAACAAAGUCAAUCAAGUCAAAGACAAUCUAGGCUCUAGUGGCGCACAAGUGCAAUACAUGACCAACGCAACUGUGGCGACCAGAAACAAAAGUGGCAUCGGAUGAAAUAUCCAAAAAUAACAAAGAACUAAAAGAAUGUGAAAAAAGUGUUGAGGGAUUUCACCUGUGAUAAGGAUAAGAGAAAGAUAAAUGUGAAAUAUGUGACGGAGUGUUGAAGAAAAUGUGAAAGUAAUUGAUAAAGCCUAACAUUUUCGUUUUGCGUGGAACGAUAAAAAAAAGUGUUAAUUAGUAGUGAAAAAUGUGAAAAUAUUUUUUUUUUCGGCAGCCAUUUAUGCCGGAAAGGAAGGAAGUUUAACAAGACCGAAUAACCUGCUUACGAGACUGAUUAUACCUAUUCAAAAUUUUGCAAUCAUUUCCGUGAAAAGUAAAGGAGCGUUAGACUGUUUGGCACUCGAUUUCUAAACUUUAAUUUCAAUGAGUAAACCAACUAUUUAAAAAUCGUCAUCUUCAAAAUUGUACCUACCUACGUCAAGAGUUUUAUGCAAAGAACUUCGCAAUUUGCAUCCAAAAUGAAGACAUCCCAUCUAUUCCCGCUGAACGUCGUGCGAGUACUUCAAAUGGUCGGCAUACAGACCUUCAUAGCGGAGGAGUUCCGCGACAUGCCGGCGAGCUUCGGGCCCGACCUGCCAAUGGACGGGCUCCGCGGGUUCCUAGUGGCAGGCCAGCCGCAAGAUGGGUGUGCGCCCCUGGUCAAGCCGCCUACGACUGAGAACUUCACUGGCAAAUGGAUAGUACUCGUCGCCAGAUAUAACUGCAGUUUUGAAGUGAAAGUGCGCAAUGCCCAGGCAGCGGGAUAUGAUUGCGCCAUUGUACGUAAUGUCAACUCCAGUGACCUAGAGACGAUGUCCGCCAAAGACCCGGACGGCAUAGACAUCCCGUCGGUGUUUGUUAGCGAAUUUACGGGGAUCGUGCUCGCCGAACACUACAACUACACUAGCGGGUUCUAUAUAAUGGUGAACGGCGACCUCCCGUUCAACAUCAACACUCACCUACUGCUACCAUUCGCCAUAGUCGUGGUGCUCUGUCUGCUCGUCAUACUCAUCUUUAUGAUAGUAAAGUGCAUAAAGGACCGUCGGCGUGCGCGGCGGCACCGCUUACCGAACAGAUGUCUCAAGAAGAUUCCAACGUGCAAGUUUAGCAAAGGAGACCCGUACGACACGUGCGCUAUAUGUCUCGACGACUACCAGGAGGGCGAGCGGCUGAGAGUGCUGCCUUGUGCUCAUGCGUACCACGCGAAGUGCAUCGACCCGUGGCUGACGCAGAACCGGCGCGUGUGUCCGGUGUGCAAGCGCAAGGUGUUCGCGGCCGGCGAGCGGCGGCGGCACGACGACUCCGACUCGGACGACACCGAGCCGCUGGUCAGCGAGCCGCCCACCACGCAGGGAGGCACGUUCGAGGAGCAGUCUGAGAACCCGUUCCGUCGCGCGGAGCGACUCGUGGCGCGGAUGAGGCAGGCGCGGUUGCUGAGGCGACAACCGCCACCCAGUGAGGAGGCACCCGCAGAGGAUAAUGACCAGAUGAAUAGUGAAAAUAACGAAGAUAACCAGUCGUCCCGCGACACGCAGCCGCUGCUGAGCGCGCAGUCGGAGCGGCCGCGCCGCGCGCGCCGCACGCGCUCCCAGCCGCGGGCCACGCCCCCGCCGCCGCCGCCCCCGCCCCCGCUGCUGCACUCCGCCGACCACUCCAUCAAUAACGAGACCGAGCCUUUUAUUGGGGUGGCAGCGCUGCCGGCGGCGCCGCAAGCGAGCUCGACGCCGCACCACAUCGACUUAUGAACGAGCUCGCAUGUAUCAAUAUAAUACACACUAUUACAUAUUCUCAUGGCAAGGUUUGAUGUUGUUUAUAAUGAAAGAAAACUGGUAACUUUUUUAUGGAAUAGCGAAGUUAUGAGAUGACGUCAUAAUGUGUUUCAUCGUCGGCGUCAUGUGGAUUCUAUUCCGCAUUCAACAUUUAUUUGAUUAACGUAGCAUGAUUACUGACACAAGGCGAUGAACUAUACCUCUGUACUACUUUCAUGCUACGUUCAAUAGCCUCGAACUUUCCACAAAUUAUGAUUGACAAUUAUACUCCGUCAAAGAAUACGUGGUCAAUGAGGGACUUUUUAUAGAUGGCGCUGUUCAGAUUUAACGUGAUAAUUACCUAUUUUUUCAUUGCUCGGUUACAUAAUUAUUCAAAAAUAUUAUGUAAUGGCACAGGCAUAUACAGAGUGUAUGUGACAUCGUAACGAUAACUUUGAGGGAUGAUUCAGACCAUGAUCCUGAGUUGAUAUCAAGUGAAAUUUUCCGUCGCAAAAGUAUGAAACAGAAAAUAAUUUAAAAAAACACAAUCCGACAGGAAAUUCCACUUGAUAUCAACUCAGAAUCAUGGUCUGAACCAUCCCGCUCAGUAUUCGUUACGGUGUCACUAACAGUAUGGGGUGUAAGUGACAUCGUAACGAAUACUGAGAGGGAUGGUUCAGCUUUUUAUUCUGAGUUAAUAUCAAGUGGAAUUUUCCAUCGCAAAAGUAUAGAAUUGAAAAUAAUUUUAAAAAAAAUGACCGAAUGAAUUUGAAAAAAAUGAAUUUUGCGACGGAAAAUCCACUUGAUAUUAACUCAGAAUCAUGGUCAGAAUCAUCCCCCUCAGUAUUCGUUACGAUGUCACUAACACCCUGUAUAUAAAUAAUUGUUGCUUGAUAUUUGGAUCAGAUUUGUAAAUAAUUAUAUUGCUACCUAUAUUGCUUCUCUUUAUUUUGAUCAGAAUAAUAAUGGGUGGAAGAUAUCUAUUUAUUUUUGGAGAACAUCAUCUCCCUAACAUUAUCCCGUUUUUCACAGGGUCCUAACCUAACCUGAAGAUUUGUCAGGUCCGGUUUUUUACAGAAGCGACUGCCUGUCUGACCUUCCAACUCGAAGGGAAAACCUCCAACGGAAGGGUUAGGUCACAUACCUCCGAAAAUGCAUUUGUCGGGAAUGUGGGUUACCUCACGAUGUUUUCCUUCAUAUUUUUGGAGUACAUCGCCUGGAAAGUCCCUCAUCGAACGGAUCUCGGAACAAUAGUUUCCUGAUAAACGCCUUUAGCACCUAGGCUGUAUACUGUCUCCGCGAUAGCGCUGUUUUAGAAAGCGUGACUUACAUCAAAGUUUCACGGGUUCCAAUCCGGCCCGAACUCUAAACCACUAAAUUGGCCUUAAUGAGUUUGAAUUCAUGUGUAAAGAUAAAGUUGUAAUACGCUUUAGGUAUUAAAGUUCUUAGUAUUUUGGUUCACUGAAGGUGUCGUAUGUUAGAAUGUGAAAUUGUAAUUAAUUCGUUAACAUGCCAAGGAAUUGGGUAGUUUCCCAGUUGAAAGGUUUAUUAUGAAAUUCUGAUUACUAAAUAAAGACAGAAUUAAAGGUGACAAAAUACGUAUUCCUUUUUCUAUUCAACCUAUUUAUAAAUUUGAAUAAAGAAGAAUGUUUUCACGUUUUUCUAUUACGUCACAAGUUACUUUUUCAUACAAAUUCCAUUGUAAUUUCGUGUCUUGACGUUUAGUAAAAAGUAACUGAUUUGACUAGUUGGAAACUACCCUAUUGUGGUAACUGAAAUGACAUGACUAAAGUUGAAAAGUUAUUUUAAAAACAGUAAAAGUAACUAUAAACUAAUCUCAACUUCGAGACUGCCCUCAAGAUCAUGUCAAUGUGACAGUUCUCAUAUAAAAACAGAGACUUGAGCAUGAUCUUGAGGGCAGUCUCAUCUGAGAUUAGUUUAUUAAUACCACCCUCUGUAAGCUUAGCAAAAGAAAUGUAAUGUGUUAUUUACUUAAAUUAAAAUAAUAUUCGCACGAAGGCACGGUGAGGCGUGGGUACACAGUUCAUCGUGCGAUGGAUGUACCUCCGACAACCCCAAUUGGGAUAUAGUUGGGUUUAUUUUAUAUUUUUUAUCAUCUUUAAUGGUUCUGUACAAGUAUUAAACAGUUGUAAAUCAACUUGAGAAUCGUGGUUCCAACUAACUUUGAUACUUUUAUGAUAAUGACGCAAAAAUAUAACGAAUUAAAGUUUACUAACAAAAAUAAUGUUUAUUGGAACUAUAAUAUCAAGUUUUACUAAAAAAUAUUUUGUUUUAAACCCACCUCGGGCGCAGGUAUGCCAGAAUUUAUCAUAAGCUAAGUUCUAAACUUGAAAAUAAUAGAAAAAUAUUAAAAAAAGUGUUUGUAUUGAGAGAACAAAAUGUUGCAGCUAUGUAAAAAGCGAGAGAUUCAGUAAAUUGGUUUCGAUUUAAAAUGUACUACAUUUUUAAGGCGUUGGGUAACUUGAAAAAUAUUAAAUUACAAUGGGCGUGAUUUUGUAUACUUAAAUAUAAUUUAGAAAUGUUUAACACAUUUUUACCUUCAUAAUUCGGUCUCAUUUUAACAUCACAUAUAUUAUUAAAGUUAACUGUUGGAGGCGAUGAUCGCUCCGGUAAAUAAAACCUCUUCGAUAUGUUAAGUGGAGUGUAUUGUAAUAAAAAACUAGGAAAUAUUUACAUAAGUAGCGAGAUACAAGAAAAUGUGCCUCGUCGGCAAAGUCCGUGGCGUAAAGUCCUUUAACAUUGCCAUAGGAAAAAAUAUUACAGUAAAAUUUAUAAUAUAGACUUUGAUGUUGCCAACAAAAACUAUAAUGAGGUGACAUCUGGCGGACAUAAUUUGAUUUUAAUUUGUCUGCUCUAAAAAUGUCGCCGUCCUUUACUUUCGAUGAGGGCAAGAAAGAGAUAACACUGUUUAUCUUUUAGGUAAAGCUGGUUUUAAAACAACAUAACAUAAACAUCCUGUAAGUAUACGUCCCACUGCUGGGCACAAACCUCACCUCAUUCAACCUCCACUGCGGGUUGGUGGAGGUGUUUACGGCUAGUAACCGCGACCAAUGCUUCCGAAGCAGUUUCACAACUGUCAAACUAAGAUAAAACUCAAACGUGCAAUUACAACAAAAUCGCGCCCAUUUGUUAAAAAUAAUGUUAUAUGUAUCGUCUCGAAAUUGUAAAUAUUACAACUUGUUUGAUAAAAUUGAUAAGCCUACAUCAUAAAACUGAUGCCUACUUACUAUGUAUGAUAUCUGGACUGUUAAAAAGUAGCUUUCUGAAUUUGGUAGCUGGGUGUAGUCAAAGUCCGACUAAUGCAAUAUUAAAACAAUCUUAAUUCUCAUUCUCUACAGACUAAUCGCAAAAAUAUACACCUUAGCAAAAACACAGACAUGUUUUAGACUUUCCUAUGCUUCUAUCCUUUUCUGUCACACAGAACCGUCAUUUGCUAUAGCGAGAUGAAGAGUGGGAAUGCGACUCCGACUGUCUAGUUGAUUACGCCGCGUGCGGUCGCAUUAUCUCUCUAGUAAUUGACAGUGUUGUGUGAUAGAAAAGGAUAGAUGUAUAUAAAAAUGCAACCAUGGGCGAACUAAAUCAACCCUUACAGUCCUACUAUAUAUAUACAAGUGUAACCCACUUGUGUAAAAGUCUAUGAAACAGGCAGUGGUUGAGUUUUUUCGUGAGUUUAUUCGGUUUUUACCCAAGAACCGGGUUAAAACCCGGAUGGUUUGUCACUCUGUAGUUUGAAUACAAUUUUGAAGUAAAUUCCACAAUGUUGGUCGGGCAGAUACAUAUUUUAUAAUUCCUUAUUUAUCGGGUUGUGAGACCGCAAAUCAAAGUAUAACACUGGAAUUGACAGUGGAUAUGUAUAAUAAUAAAUAAUAUGAUAAAUCCUAGACGUAUUAUAGAAAUUGAUAAUGUGUAUAAGAAUGGCUUAGGUUAAAUUAUAGUGAUACAGUGGUACUGUUUCCAAUGCACACCAUAAAAUUUUGUCAUUUUCUUAUCCGCCGAAAAGGAAAGGGACGGGUAAUCGACAGACAUAAAAUUUAUAAAACACACGUCAAUUUUUAUGCAUUAGACCAAAUUAAGUUGACAACACACGUCAAAUGGGUUGCAUACUAGGGAGAUGACUAUGUGAUUCGCCCGGGUUAUUCAUUUAAAAUUAACAGUUGUCAAUCAUCAGUCUCUUUCCUUUUCGGCGGGUAAGAAAAUGACAGGUAUAACUUAAUAAGGUGUCUGCAGGAAUCAGGGCCAGUGGGGAGAUUGUAAUUACUUUUUUUGAAAACCGCUAAGACUCUAAUUUGAACGUUAUGUACACGAAGGCACGAACACUGUGUAAACGGAACAUUUUGACUGAAAAUAUUAUUUUUAUAGUUUAUUUAAUGAUAAACACAUGGGCGGAUCCUGCGGGGGGCUAGGGAUUGACGGCAGGUUGGGUGGCCACUGCAAAUUUUGUCUAAUUCUCUAUGGAGAUAGGUUGUUUGCAACCUGGGGCCUGUUUAAUGAAAUUACAACGACAAUUUGAUGUUCAUUACGUAGCUAAUAUGAAACUGCAAAAUGAUCGUGAUCACAGACUCCGCAAUGUACAUCAAAUUGUCAUUGUAAUUUACAAUUGUAAAUUUCAUUAAACAGGCCCCUGGUGGACACCCCCUCCCCCCCCCCCCGGCAUAAAAGAGCUGGAACCGCUCACCUUGGAUAAACGUCCACCAUAAAACAAAUACUAUUUCAGAGUACCUAGCUAUAGCUUGCUUUAAUCCCACAGCUCGGAGGCCUUAUGCGUACACUAAUCUCAAUAAGUUCCCAAGGUGUUUGUGUCUUGGCAAAUAACUGAGUUUAUAUAAAAAACUAAUUAAUAAUUCAUCCAUGUAAAUAAUAUUAGUUUUAGAAGCCGUGCUUUUUGUUAUUCUAGUGUCAUAAAUAUCUUAUGCCAUAUUGUUCUGAUACUUAUCUUUUCUUUUAAUCUGAAUCUGAAUCUGAAUCAAUAUUUUAACUGUUUCUUUUAUUUUUGUCACGAAAUUAUUUUCUGCUCUGAAUCUGUAUAUUCGCAAAGAAACCAAGGAACAAUUGAAACGAACGAGUAAAACGGUUUCUGUAGCUAACCGCUGUUAUCGCGGGCACAAAAGCCUGCAAUUGUUUCUAGGAAUCCUAAGUUCUAAGGUUCAUUCCAGCUACCCAAAAACCUGGUAAUAGAAGUCGGAAAGCUGAAGGUUGGGAUAGACCCGGACGGAUAUGACAGCUAAACUGACUCACUCGUGCCUCGUGAGGGCGGUCUCUAACCAAACCGGUGAAAAUAGGAUACGGAAUCGACCAAUCACAGCGUGCACACGCAGUGGUUGGGUUUUUUCGGUUUUUACCCAAGAACCGGGUUAAAACUCGGAUGGUUUGUCAAUCUGCAGUUUUGAAGUAAAUUCCACAAUGUUGGUCGGGCAGAUACAUAUUAUUUAAUAAUUCCUUAUUUAUCGGGUUGUGAGACCGCAAAUCAAAGUAUAACACUGGAAUUAAUUAUUACUACUGGAAUUUAUUAUUAGAGAAUAUACUCUGUCACUCUCCCUCGCGGUAACUGGUUGGUUUCUUGACAUCUCAUCUUUAGUUGUACCAUCGGGAUUGGGCUAUCGGGAGAAAAAAUCCCUACUUAUGUAGACACCCACUUUACUAUUUGAUGCGGGAUAGACGAGGCCAUCGGAUUGCGCUCUCACACACUCUUUAUCUCACUCAAGCAAAUGACGGUUCUGUGUGACAGAAAAGGAUAGAAGCAUAGAAAAGUUCAAUGCAGUGUGGCCAGCGGGCUUAACACCGCAAGCGCGCGACUCUUUCUCGCCUCGACAUACGUCACCCGUCACUCUCUCACAGUACUGCACAGAAAGAGACAGACGAUCUCUGUCGCGGCGAGAGAGUCGCGUGCCUACGGUGCUAGGCCGCUGAUGUAGUUCAACCCUUACUCGUUCGUUUCGAUUGUAAAUGCAGAUAAAUUGACGUUAUCGAAUUAUAAAAAAUAAGUCUUAUUUUCUUGUACCUAUUGUGAUAUAUAAAUAUAACUUUUUAAAAUCCUGAGUCAAAAAUGUGCGUGGUAAAGCAGACCUAGUGUUUAAAGUAAUAAAGUUGGAUUUGCACAAUUUUGGCCCGGGAUACCGAAGUUGCUUCGGUCACAAUCUUAGGAUAAAACCAAAGAAAUAAAAAUCGUUUGACACGGAA